AUGGCGAAGAUGUUUGCGCUAUUGUGUGGGCUUCUGAUUUGCAUAAGAAGUGGAUAUGCACAGCAAACUGGGUCACCAACUGAUGGCUUUACUCAGCAGAACUUAACUAAGGCAAAUUUUGAAAUACAAAAACCAUAUGAUAAAGAGGUAUCCCAGCGUUACAGCUUCAUUAAGGGUGUCCAUUCAAUGUGGGUCUACAUAAACGACAAACCCCAUUUUCGCGGGAGCAAAACCAGACCCAGAACAGAAAUCGGCAUCAAGGGAUAUGGCUAUACAAGUGGGGUGUGGCAGUUUGAGGGUGAGGUUUAUGUUCCGCAGGGGACGACUGGAGUAUGCGUCAUGCAGAUUUUUGGCGGCACGCAACAUGCCACGGCGUUCAUGUUGCAUGUUUAUGUUGGGAUGCUAAAGCGUUACGAUGAGCAAGUGGUGGCAACUGAUAUUUACGAUCGGUGGAUUCAUGUCAACGUUAUCCACAACGCAGACGAAGGGAAAGUGUACGUGUUUGUGGAGGAGGAGGAGAAGUUAGUGGUUGAUGAUAGAGGUCCUGCCAUCCAUUCUUUUAAAUUUGGAGUGUAUACUCAGACCAAAUCUUCGUCUUGCAUGGAAGCUCGUUGGAGAAACGUCAAGGUUUGGAGGAAAUAG